ACUAGUGGCUGAGUGGCGCGUCGGAAUGGCGGCCCUGCUACGAUUUGUUCGCGGGAGACCUGAGCGCGACGGUGCUGCCGUCGUCUCUGCUCAUCGUCUGCAUCGAUUGGUACGUUCUACGCUACUCGCCUUUGCUCAUUCGCUGACAACAACCUUCCCGCCGCCUCUCGCCGGAGCUUCAAGACUCGCCCUCCUCUCCUCGACGUCGCCUACAACCACCGUCCUCGCCUAGCGUGGCUCCUUCGAACCCCUUACUUGCUAUGGCGACUCUCUCGCCGUCACCGCUUGCGUUGUAUUGCGUUUCCAUUUUCAUGUAUUAUUGGUCUAUUUACUGGUCAGAGAAUACACAUGAUUCUCUUC